UGUAUCACCAUGCAGAAGUAGCAGCGCUUCGCGGAAGAGAAUGUUUAAGAGAGAGACUGGUUGACAUUGGGUACAAAGAGGUGUUGAUAAUUAAAUAAAAACUAUUUUAAUUUAAACGCUUGACUGCAAAGGAAGAGAGGAAACUUCAGUGUGGUGAAAUUUUUCCGGUCUCUGGCAGCGCUAACACCAUAAAAGUCGACUUUGUGUGUCAGUGGCUGAAGCUGCGUCGAAUGAGCAACUAAACUGUUCAUCUUCAACUAGGCGCCUCGCUUUCUCGGCCAACAAAACUUUUAAAUACCGUAUUAACGAUUUCGCUGAAUAGACACGAUGGCAUAUUUCCUCUCUCACCAAAUAAAUUCAACUGUGUGUAAGCUGCCCUUGGCAUUGAGAACUACUUCUGCACGCUUUGUGCUAACUGAAAAUCAGCGCAAAUACAGCAGUGACACCGGGACGGAUUCUGAGUACUUGCACAGAAGUGUUGUUCCGACCAUGCACUACCAAAAGAGUUUACCGAGAUUACCGGUGCCAAAACUGGAAGACACAAUACGGAGAUACUUAGCAGCUCAAAGGCCCCUUCUAAAUAAUGAACAGUACAGUAAUACAGAGAAGUUGGCACAUGAUUUCCAGAAUGGCACUGGGAAGCAGUUACAUGAGGAGCUUGUGAUUCAUGAUAAAAACAACAAGCACACCAGCUAUAUUUCAGCUCCAUGGUUUGACAUGUACCUGUCUGCCCGUGAAUCUGUGGUCUUGAACUUUAACCCCUUUAUGUCGUUUAACCCUGACCCCAAACCAGAGUAUAAUGACCAAGUUGUUCGAGCCACUAAUAUGGUGUGCUCUGCAGUACGAUUUAUGAAGACCCUCCGUGCUGGUCUUCUUGAACCAGAGGUGUUCCAUCUAAACCCUGCUAAAAGCAAUACUGAUUCCUUCAAGAAAUUUAUCCGAUGGGUGCCUUCCUCCAUUUCAUGGUUUGGGGCCUACAUGGUGAAUGCAUAUCCCCUUGAUAUGUCUCAGUACUUCCGUCUCUUCAACUCCACGCGCAUUCCCAAACCCAAGAGAGAUGAGCUGCUCACUGACGAGAAAGGCCGUCACCUGCUGGUCAUGAGAAGAGGUAACCUGUAUGUAUUUGAUGCAGUAGGUAGGGAUGGUAAUCUGGUGAAGCCAGCUGAGAUCCUGUCGCACCUCAAGUACAUCUUGGCAGACUCAACACCAGCUCCUGCAUUUCCUCUGGGUGUUCUGACAAGCGAGAACAGGGACGUUUGGGCAGGACUUCGAGAAAAGCUUCUGGAGGCAGGGAACGGAGAGGCUCUAGGGUUAGUGGACAAUGCUCUGUUUUGCGUUUGUCUGGAUGAGGAGGAGAUGCGUGAUCACAUACACAUCUCCCACAACAUGCUUCAUGGGAACGGCUGUAACCGCUGGUAUGAUAAGUCCUUCAGUAUCAUCCUAACUAAGGAUGGACAGGCAGCUAUCAAUUUUGAACACUCUUGGGGCGAUGGUGUGGCUGUCCUGCGUUUUCAGAAUGAAGUCUUUAAAGACACCACAGAAAAGCCGCUCGUUGGGCCUAACUCUCAGCCUGCUGCUGUAGACUCAGCCUCUGCUGUCCGGCGGCUGGAAUUCAAGCUAAACACUGAACUGCAACAUGGAAUAACAAAGGCCAAAGAGAACUUUCAUGCCGCUGUCUCCAAGCUCACCAUUGAUGCCAUGGAGUUCAAGCAAGGGGGGAAAGAACAGCUGAAGAAAAAGAAGCUCAGCCCCGAUGCCAUCGCACAGCUAGCUUUCCAGAUGGGAUUCCUACGUCAAUAUGGGCAGACUGUAGCUACAUAUGAGUCCUGCAGCACUGCUGCCUUCAAACAUGGCCGAACAGAGACCAUCCGUCCAGCCAGCAUUCACACACAACGCUGUGCUCAAGCCUUUGUUCAACAGCCAGACCAGCACAGUGUGGAGCAGCUUCAGGGCCUGCUGGAUGCCUGCUCCAAAUACCAUGGCCAGCUCACCAAAGAGGCAGCCAUGGGACAAGGGUUUGACAGACAUCUUUUUGCCUUGCGCUACCUGGCUAAUUCUAAAGGAUUGACGCUCCCAAGUCUGUACCAGGACCCAGCAUAUGCAGCCAUAAACCACAACAUCCUGUCCACUAGCACUCUCACUAGCCCUGCUGUAAGUCUGGGUGGCUUUGCUCCUGUGGUGCCUGAUGGUUUUGGAGUGGGCUAUGGUGUCCAUGACGAUUGGAUUGGAUGCAAUGUGUCCAGCUACCCCGGCAGGAAUGUCCAUGAAUUCCUUCGAUGUGUCCACAAGUCCCUUGAAGACAUUUUUCAUGUUAUUGAAGGAAAACCUCUUAAAUCCAGUUAAGUGCUUUUAGAAAAGAAAUCCACACUAAGACACUGAAGGGCAUUUAAGGCUUUAUCUGAAGACCUCAUUAGUGUGAGAUAAGACUAUAAUUAAAACCUUAACAUGAGUCUCAUGUGCAUUUGAUAUCGUUUACUGUUAUGGGUUUACACCGUAAUUGAUUAAGUUUCAUCACACAACGUUCGAACACACACACACAUACAUACAUACAUAUAUAUAAAUAAAAAAAAUAAUGUUUGUGUGUAUUGUUUAAAGCUAAUUACUGAAUGUAAUGCAGGGAUGUAUUUUCUAACAAAACAUUGGGAUGAACACAACCUGCUAAUUUUUCUAGAUAUAAUAUUUAUCUGAAAUAUCUUCAGCUAAGUAUGCAAGUAGUGCAAGUCCUGAAACUCAUCUCCCCUUUUAGUCUGAUUGAUGAAGAUAUUGAUAAAUUCCAUAAAGUUGGACAGGUCCAAGGAAUAUUGGCUGUUCAGAAUAUGUCUGUGCUUGUUAUAUCUAGUUUACUGAAUGCAGGUCAUCUGUGUAGCCUUACUUACAGCAUAUGGGUUUAUUUUUCUCUGUACAUGUGAUGUGUAGUUGCCACUUUUUAAUGUGGAAAAUGCUGUGAAAUGAUGUAAUACUGUCCAUGUAGAGUUUAAAUAUUUGUAUAUAUAUUUAAUUUCAGCUGAGUAUUAAUGGACUAAAAAGAGCUGUCACCAACAAAGCACAGGGGAUGAUUCUGUCCAUAUAAUUAAUUUAUAUAAUGAAUAUCUUUGCUCUUAUUUGAGCAUGUUUAAGGCAGCAGUCAUCAAUAUUGUGAGGCCUUCAUGAUUUUAGUGUAUUAAACUGAGGAAAGGCUGAAAUAAUCAUCAGAGCCUGGUUGUGUUUUUAAAGGUUGACAGCUUUUGACCUACAGAGCAUUUGGAUACAAGCAGAACUUAAGAAUACACCAUUACUGAUGGUUCACCAGUACAAAUCAGUUUUAGUUCCCUUGCAAUGCAAAGAAGCUGCCCAUUAGCUAUCUGUUACACUUUGAUGCUAGUUUUACUGUGCGACUCCUCCCCUUCUGUUUGUUUACAGCAAACCUCACCUAUUUUUCAAAAUGUCUGCAUAAUGGUUAAUGUCAAACAAUCAUUUAAAGUUUGAUCUAAAGAAAAAAUGCCUUGCUCUAAAUAAACUAUCAAAUGAGAA